AUGUGCACCACAAUUAAAUUCUUCGCUGCCGCUGCCUUCAUCGCCACUUUGGCUUUCGCCUGCGCUGAUGUUUCCCAUCUCGGCUAUGGCUACGACCAACCCGCUGCUAGCGCACCAUCCAACCAAUACAUCCCACCUGCAGCUAGCGCUUCAGCACCAGUUUACAGUGCCCCAGCUCCAGUUUACCAACCAGCUGCUGCUGCCCCAGAACCAGUCUAUGCUGCCCCAGCCCCAGCUCCAGUCUAUCAGCCAGCUGCCGCUGCUCCCGCACCAGUGUACUCAGCCCCAGCACCAGCUCCAGUCUACCAACCUGCGCCAUCUGCUCCAGUCUCGUCUUACAUCCCACCUGCAGCCAGCGCUCCAGCACCAGUUUACAGUGCCCCAGCUCCAGUGUACCAACCAGCUGCUGCUGCCCCAGAGCCAGUCUACUCUGCCCCAGCUCCAGCUCUAGUCUAUGCACCACAACCCGCUGCCUCUGAAGUCUACGAGCAACCCGCUGAAGAUGGUUACAGAUACCGCACUGUACGCCGUCGCAAAUUUUUCGCCGCCGCCGCCUUCAUCGCCAUUUUGGCUUUCGCUUGCGCUGAUGUCUCCCAUCUGGGCUAUGGCUACGACCAACCUGCUGCUAGCGCACCAUCUAACCAAUACAUCCCACCUGCAGCCAAUGCUCCUGAGCCUGCCUACGCUCCAGCGCCAGCUCCAGUCUACCAACCCGCGCCAUCCGCUCCAGUUUCAUCGUACAUUCCUCCUGCUGCUAACGUACCUGAACCAGCCUACGCUCCAGCCCCAGCUCCUGCUCCAGUCUACCAACCCGCGCCUUCAGUACCAGUUUCAUCUUACAUCCCACCCGCAGCAACCGCUCCAGAACCAGUCUACUCUGCUCCAGCUCCAGCUCCAGUCUACUCCCCACAACCAGCUGCCUCUGAAGUCUAUGAGCAGCCUGCUGAAGAUGGUUACAGAUACCGCACCGUCCGUCGUCGUGUCUACAAACAACGUCGUUUCUAA